AGUCGUUGGUUUAUUUUAGGCGUGAUCACAUGCGGCAAGUUUAGCGUUUACAAGAUCAACUGUAAACUUACGCACAGAAUCACAGAAUAGAGUAUAACGUUAACGAAAAAUAACGGAUAAAGAAAAGAUAAUGGCACGGCAGAACCAGGACAUUUCUUCACAGGAAAUCAUUGCGCUGGAAGACAAGUAUGGUUGUCGUAAUUACUCUUCAUUGCCUGUAGCAUUGAGUCGUGGAGAAGGUAAGUUUAAACUUGAAAAUUAUAAUGAAUUAUAGGUCACUCAUGCUUACUCUAUAAUAAUCAUAUAUAUAAUCAUAUAAGACAGGUAAAAUAAAAAAUACAAAUAUAAUUUACUAUAAAUAUAUUAUUACUAGCUUUGGCCGCGUGGAGGUUAGAAAUCGAAUCGAUCGAGAAAUCACAGGUCACGUCUACUAACUACGACUAACUAAUACUAAAGAUAUCAUGAAAAUCAAAAACAUACAAGCGCUCACUCGUUUUGUGUAGAUGAAAGAACCUUGUCAUAUUUAUUUUAAAGUUCUGCACAGAAAUUAACUCCUAUUCUGUUACUUUAAUUAUUGUUUUUUGAAGUGGUAGCGAAGUAGACAGCUCGAUAGCGCAGUGGCUAAGCAUUUGACUGCGGCGUUAUGAGGUCGCGGGUUCGAAUUCCGCGCGGAAUAAGUGCUUGUUUAUAUGUAAUGAGUCCAUGAGCAAUUUUAUAUGUAAAACGCCCCACGAUACAAAAGAAAUUCCUAGUGUGAAAGUAGUGUUAUUUUAAUAUUAAAAAUAUUUGAAUAUGCACUUUUAUGCAAGUAGCGAGAUUUAUUUCAGCAAAAGCUACGCUUAAAUUAACAUACUAAAAACAUUACAUAUAGAACAAAAAGAAAAAAAAAUGUAUGAUGAAAUAUUCGUAAGAGGAUUAUAGUACCUAUCUCAAUUAAAUUAUGAAAAACAUUAUGUCACAUGGCGGUAUACAAUUCGAUAAACAAACUUAAUAUAUUUAUCAAUGGUGUUAGUAAACUUACAUUACAGCAUGAGAUAAUAAUAUCUUGCAAGCAAUAAUAAACGGCAGAUUUAUCGUGUUGACAUUUAAUUGCAAUGCACUUUUGUUGUUACACAUUAAUCAAGACGUUAUUAUGUUUGUAAUAAUGUAUUGGCAUAUAUUAUCAGUGUAUUGGAAAAAUGUUAACUUAUAAGCAUAACGUUUCUAAGUUUUUUUAUCUCAAUUAUGAACAAUUUAAAAUAGAUGUGACAAUGUACAGUAUUGUACGUAGCGCUUCAAUUUGUCAAGACCCAGCAACACUACACUAUUUUGUAGUUUUGAGGGUCCACAAACACGCUUUAAGAAAUGCAACGAACUUUUCUUGCUCUACAACUUUUCAAAUAAGAGAAGGUUUUAUAACUUUUUACAUAGUAAUGCAAUUUAUACGACAAGACUAAAUCGAUAAAAUCUCUCACUUUAACUUUAAAGAUUUUUCUUAAUGAAUAUCAUUUAAGGUUGCGGAGUUAAUUGUUUUUGUGAUUAAUAUAAUAUGUAGAGUGCCGACCGCAGUAGAGUAUGACACAUUCUUACUACUUACCACAGUUUUACUACUUACUAGUAAGACUGUGGUAUGACACUGUAAUCAGACCAGUGACCAGACACAUACGCGAAUUCACGGAGAGUUGCAGAUGUUAGGAACGAAAAGUAUUCUUUAAGAAUAAGGAUGACAAAUGAGUGCACAGUUCAAAUGGUUGACAACGCAUCUACAUUUUGAUAUUCGUAAUCGAGGAAAAAUGUAGAUGUCUAUGGGCCACAGCAACCACUUUUUUUUACAUGGGGAAAUGCCUACGCAUACCCGCCUCGCGGGGGCAAGGACGGGUUAUGUCGGACUCGCACCGACUAAAACCCCAUGGUGUUCCACCUUCGUCGCAUAUUGGCAGGGUCACGGGAACGCUUUCGCACACAUCCGCGGCCCCACCUGCGCUGGCCGCCCCACGGCGGCCUCUCCUCGGGAGAGGACUACUCCUCCCCCACCUCCUUCUCAGGUAAGGCGCACCAGAACACAUGGCGCGCCCUCCUUCUCGGCCUCCAAUUUAACAUGCGCAACGGACGCCCCCGUGUCCGAUGCGCGAAGACCAUGGGGCCAGGAAAAAAACUAGCACUCAAAGCAUCAGCCUUCUUGACCCCAGCGGCGGAUCUGGUCUAUGGCUCCGCCGCCAACUAAGAUUCGGCUGCGGAGGGUAGGGAGAGCGGUGCUUCGCAAUACCGACACUCCCCUCCCCCGUAGCCCCACCACCACCGCAUCAUUAACGGUGCGGCCCCGUCAAAGUCGCAGAGGAUAGGGCGAGUGGCGCAUCGCCAUACCAACACUCCUCUUCCUCCGCGACUCCACCGCAGCCCACCGACACACAUCCAAAGUGGGCUCGCCAAGCCCACUCGGAGUGGCCACCUCGGGCCGGCCCUACACCACGGGCCAGCCAAGGGGUUCCUCUUUGUUCACCGUAGGUGACCAAGCCACGGCUACUAAGCCCCCCGCCACGACAAGGCGGGAACCCGUUCGGGGGGGACAGCAACCACUUACCAUCAGGUGGACUGUGUGCUCGUUUGUCGCCCUUAUCCUAUAU